GGUCACGAAUACCUACUGACUGGAAGAGUCAAAACCGCAGAACCAGAAACCCGGCAACAAAAGGACACUUUGCGGAGGCUACCAAUCUGCGUCUCUCGUAAGGGAUAGACGCCUGCCAAUCUGCGUGAAGUCUCUCGUAGUCGGGGCAACACUCGGGUUGUUGGACACAUUGUAAUCGGAAAGGAAUUCCGUAGCGGGGCCCAAUCAUGUCCUGGCUCCCGUCGUUGAUGAUGAGCGCAUUCGCUCUGUUCCUCGGUCUUGCAUCCCCUACUGUGGCAGAUGCAACGCAAUUGAAGUUGGGCUUCCUCUGGAAUGAUCUCGCAGGAAAUGGCGCGGUCGCCUUGCGCACUCUCAAAGCUGCCGUCGCUUUUGUCAAUGACCGCACGGACAUCCUGCCAAACACCACCGUGUCCAUUGUUGCUGAAGAUAGUGGAGACACGAAAGCUCAAGCCGUAAUUGGGGCAACCAAUUUGGUUCAAAGAGGGAUAUUUGCAAUGAUUGGGCCCGAGACCUCCACCCUCGCACCGUCUUCAGCAUUAGUGACUUCUGGCCGGAACCUGCCGAAUUGCCUGGCUGACGUGGGAACGUCCGCGUUUGAGAAUCGCUUUGACUACCCGAACGUAUUUCGAAUGCAAGUUUCCACCCGAGUGCUCGGAUCCCGUCUCAUAGAUUUCUGUAAUGAAAUGGGAUGGAAAAAAGUGGCCUACAUAUAUAGUCAGCAACAAUUUGGAGGCUCUUGGGGUCCAGGGGUCAUCACAUCCGCACAGAAGCACGGCAUCGACCUCGUUGUGAACCAAGGAUGGAACGGCAAUGGGGCUGGCUCUGAUUUGGAGAGUUGCGUCCAGUCGAUCCUCAAAUCUAAGUGCCGAAUCAUUGUUGUUACCGCGUAUGAGGAUGAAUUGACGCCACUCUGGCUGCGUGCGCGAGAACUUGGGCUCACCGGCCCUGAUUAUGCAUGGAUCACAGCAAAUGGGGUGAUAGAUUUCCCGGGCGAUUAUCACACGUAUGAUCAGAGCAUUGCAAAAGUUCUAGGCGUUGAAGCGGCGAACAGCGUUGGGACGUACGUUAUUGGCGUACCCGAUCCGAACUACACCUCGCCGGAAUAUAAUUUAUUCCGAGAUUACUAUCAGAGAGUGGCGCUUACCGAGGAUCCAUCUCGUGACAUCGGCAAUGAGUAUAUCGCGGAAGAUCGCAUAUUUGACUGCGCCAUGGCCAUUUUCUAUGGUUAUCACGAUUACCUUCGCGACCAUUCUCUUACAACGGCAGUACUCGCGAACCCAAACUACACACUCCCGACUAUGCGCGAUCUUGCAAACAUUUCCAUCUUCACAACAAAUCGACAAGGACUCCAGGGUCCUUACGUAUUCUUUGAUAACGGGGACUACGCAAGGAAGAGGAUAGUACUCUUCCCACAGCUCAACGGAGAAGUUUAUGCCAAAGGCUAUCAAUAUCCGAAUGCAAUGACGUUUGUGAACGAUCAGGUCUCGCUGAACGCGUCCGCGCUGCUCUUCUCGGGUUCACCGGUCAUCCCCAUCGAUUUUCCUGCCUCAAAGCUACUGAACCCGACUUGGGCGGAAGGGCAAGGGUUGAUCGUCAGCAUCGUUUCAGGGACCGUUCUCCUUAGUAACGCUGUGUCAAUGACUCUGGUAUUCGUUUUUCGUGACAAGAUCGUAAUCAAACGAGCUGGCGGGCAGUCGUUGAUGCUGAUCGUCCUCGGAUUAAUCUUGUUGGACGUCUCGCCUCUGCUGUACGUUGGGAAUCUGACGAGGGCCAUCUGCAUAGCUCAACCGCUCGUGUUGAAUGUCGGGUUCGGUCUCGUCUUUGCGAAUCUUAGUGCGAAGACAUUCCGUGUGUACAAGGUUUUCAACAACCCGAAAAUGAUGGAGAGAGCAAUACCAAGCUCUCAGUUGUUUGGAUUUGUGGCUUUCAUCGUGCUGGUAGAAAUUCUUCUCUCCGUCGUCUGGGUCACCGCCAGCACUCCAGUCCCCACCAUUUUGACUGUCAACGAUUUCGAAACGGUGCAAGCCUGCGUAUCACCCAUGGAGUCUGUCCAGCACGGGAUGACGAUAAUUUCGCUUGUGUUCAAUGGCCUCCUGCUUACUUUGACCACGAUUCUGAGCUACAAGACUCGAGGGGUGGUAUCGACAUACAAUGAAACAAAAUGGAUUGGCAUAUCGGUUUAUAAUAUCGUUGCUGCUUGCGCGUUGUUCUUGCCGUUGGUUUACACUACCGCAUUUGCCAAGUAUGCCUAUCUUUUCCGAAGCAUUGCCGUCCUCGGGGGUACCACGGUGACCCAGAUAUGCAUAUAUAUGCCAAAGUUUGUGGUGCUAAUCAAUCCGCCUGACAAGGCGCGCCGCUUGCAACAAGAAGCGGGCAAUGCAAGUGGGCGCAAUCCCAAUUCAAUCAAUGUGUCGAAAAUCGGUAUCUCGCCUUCAAAGCAGAUUCCAACCACUGUCCGCCGAAUUCAAUCGCUCUUCAUCUCGAACGUGCCUACGUUGCAGAUUUCGGGAAAUAGCUCGCAUGCGUUCAAUUGGAACUGGGCCGCCCGGUGGAAGAUCGCGAACGUCACUGCUGUGAGCGGAUAUCUUUGCGUUGAGUCAACGGCAGAGAGUGAACGGGACAUAGCAAAGAUGCAUGUUUACCGGACGGCGAACGCCGUCGUGCGCCAUGACACCACCAAUUUUAGUGUGAUUACAGGUGAUGAAUCACAAAUCGGAGCAAGUGCCAAUGGACAUGGUCCCGGACACCGUCCAAACAACGAUGACGCUGCACGAGCAGGAGAUCCCCUCACGUCUCUCCGGCUCGUGACGCAAGAUGGCACGGUGGAGUUCGUUCUCCUCGAAAGCGUAUCGAUGGAGCUUUCCACGUUUAUUCAAGGCAAUGCCGCUAUGCGAUCCGCUGAAGAUAUUGAGGGCGAUUCGAGAGCAAUUGGUGUCGGCGCGCCAGGGCGCGCUGUCGCUUUUUACGGGGCACGGAAGCUGCUAGUAGCAUCUGCGUAUACAGUCACAGCCAUGAACGAAUAUGCGGGCUUCCAUCCGUCCGCAGGGUGGACUCCUGACCGGAUCGACCCGAGGACUAUAACCCCCCGCCAGUUCUUUGAACGCUACAUCACCACUCGCAGCCCGGUCGUCCUCAGCCCCGGUCCAUCUUCAUCUCUUCAGGCCAAGUGGACACUUUCGUAUCUGAAAGCUACAGCUGGAGCUGCUAAAGUCAAGGUGGAGAAGCGUGACUUGAAGACGGGUGGUUUCGGAUCUGGAGCGAAGCGAAUCGAAAUGACUUUUGGAGGGUUUUUGGAAAAGAUAGAGGCUGGAGAAGAGGGCCUCUAUCUAACAACGCAAUAUAAUGAGGAGGACGACGACGCCGCUGACCUCGACGGUGAUGGCGAUAGUGACUUGAACUCUGACAAUCAGGAUCCUGACAUCAGUGAUUUUGCGCCCAAUCCACUCCCGGCCCUCCUGAAAGAUAUACCUCUGAGGCAACCGAUUCUUGGACCUCUGAUUCCGCAGACGAUGAAUUUGUGGGUUGGCUCGGCGAAGAAUUUCACAUCGUCCACCCUCCAUCACGAUUUCCAGGACAACCUUUACCUUCUCUUGAAAGGUACCAAAAAAUUCACAGUGUUCUCGCCGAAGGAUACCGAAAAGCUCUACACAUACGGAAUCAUUGAGAGGGUCGGAAAGAAUGGGUACAUCCAUUACACAAAUCGCGUACGAGACGACGGCGCCGACUCUAUGGACGUCGCCGCAUGGAAAGUGCAGAAAGCUGAGCAGGAUGUCGUGAUUGCUGAAGAGAACGAUGGACAGGGUCUGGCCGAAGCUGAGCUGAGACUGGAAGAAGCUAUGAAGGAGCUCCUGGCAGUCGGAGGCGGCGAGUCGGGUGACACAGAUAGCGACGAUGAUGGUGAUUUAUUAUUAGAAGAUGAAAAUAGCGAGGAGAGCGGGGCCGAGAGCGAAGACGCCGAGGAAGAGCAAACAGUUACACAACCCGGCAAUAAGCGGUCGGCUUCCUCAUCGCUCUCCAGUUCCGCGACCAAAAAAUCAAGGACAACACAGUCGUCUUCGCCCACCCCCGCAGAUGUGGAUACCCCUCCCGCAUCUUUUUCGAGAAUUCCAAAUGCGGCUCUUCAUGCAGGAGCGGCUGACGGAGACAAAUUGAGCGAGUUUCCCCUUUUGGAAGGUGCCGCAAAGAUUACGUUCACUCUCGAGGCCGGUGAAGCCCUCUAUUUACCGGUUGGAUGGUUCCAUGAGGUGGCGUCGAGGAGUGAGCAGACGAACAAGAAGGGGGAGGUGCCACUGCAUGUUGCCUUAAAUUAUUGGCUCGCCCCGCCUACGAAGAUCAAUAGCGAUCCCGAGGCCUUCGCCAACUGUUACGAGGACAAUUUCUGGAAGAAUGUUUGGGAGGACACCGAGGACGCGAUCAAAGAGCUGAUCGCCUGA